UGAGAGAGAGGACAUAGAGGAGCUACAGCAAAGGGAUCCUGUGUAUCACCAUACAUAGAUAUUAAACGAGGACAUGGCCAGGUUGGAUGUCAGUGAGAUUUUCCACGGUAUUUUGUUUCCAGGACACCUGCACACACAAGACUCCUUACAACUCGCUCUAAAAUUUCAGUUUCAAGACACAGAUGUCCUUAUUGUGUCCUAUCCGAAAUCAGGAACGACAUGGAUGCAAGAAAUGUUGACCCUCAUAUUCAGUAGAGGGGACCCACAUCUGUCCCAGACCAUUCCUAACUGGACCAGAGCCCCCUGGCUGGAGCAUUAUUACUGUGCAGAUUUGUUGAAGACCUCAACCGCAGCACCUCGAGUCCUCACCACACACCUGCCCUAUCACCUGCUGGGCCCCACCCUGCAGGACUCUAAGGCCAAGAUAAUUUAUGUGAGCAGAAACCCUAAAGAUGUUCUGGUAUCCUUUUAUCACUUCCACAAGAUGGCUAACUUCCUCCCUGAUGUUGGUUCCUUUCCAGAGUUUUUAAAUCAGUUCCUGGAUGGGGCAUUGCACUUUGGCUCCUGGUUUGACCAUAUUGAGGGCUGGACCAGUCAGGCUGCAGCUCUCAAUCUGCUUCAUAUCACCUAUGAAGAGAUGUCUUUGGACCUGCAAGGGACCAUUAAGAGGUUGAGCUCUUUUCUGCAGUGCCCCCUGCUGGAGGAAGAGCUCAAUGAUUGUGUGAGACACUGCAGCUUUGGCUGCAUGAAGGACAACAAGAUGAUUAACUACACCCUUAUUCCUGAUGAGAUACUGGAUCACAGCAAAGGUUGCUUUAUGAGAAAAGGUGAGAUCGGAGACUGGAAAAACAUGCUCACAGAGGAGCAAAAUCAAUACUUUGACAGUGUGUUCAAGUCCAAGAUGCAGAACAGCACUCUGACGUUUGUGUGGGAAAAACCCACAAAAGACGAAUCAGAGAUGAAACAAUGAAUCAUCUCAGAGGCAGAUGAUGACACUGUGCUUUUAAAUCAUUAUCCAGAUAUUUUCAAAAGUCACAUUUAAUCAUAAUCUCCAUGAUAUGUUGAUAUGGUAUGUUUGCGGUCACAAAUAAAUCUUUUUAUUUGACAACCAAAAUUGUUUUGUCAGUGUUUGGUAAGUAAGUGAUGAGACAAAUCUUUGUCUGAUUCACUGUAUCUGACGUCUUAAACCAUCUGCUUCUUUCGCUUUGCACAAUUUGUUCUUGAGUUUUCUGUAAAGUGAAGCACAAGAUGCAUAGAACCUGACAGCUAUGUCCACACUACAGCAAUAAAUGGGGGGGAGGAAAGGUAAAGGUUUUCUAUUCCACAGGGUAGAGCUGUCCUUUGUUAUUCUUUCACUUCACUCACAAAGAAAAAAGAAAGUUUUGUGUCCUUGCGUCUUUACAUAUAGCAGGCAUCUUUAUAGAAGCCAAUUCUAUUUAAGAUUGAUAAAUAAACGUAAGCUGCUUUAUUUCUCCUCCAGCAAAAUAUAAGUGUAUAAGUGUAAUCAAAAAUGAAAUACUCAACAUGUCAUUUCAAUGCGAGUAAACCUGCAGCACUUUGUUUUGCAUUAUGUUUGCGUUAACUCCUGACAAAGACAAUAAGUUUUAAUUUUCAAAAUGUAUGUGGUGGUUUAACAAUAUAACCUGUAAAUGUUUG